GCUAUAUUUAAGGCAGCGGAGUGCGCUCACGGUACUCUCAGAAAAUACUGAACACCUCUUGUUCUAUUUUUAGAACUUACUCAUUCUUACACAAAAAUGAACUUUUCUCUAUUGAUCGCAACGGCUUUCCUCGUCUCCCUCGUUGUCGCUAAAUCAAUGGACAAGCCAAUGGAGAAGUCUGACGCUACAGAUGACUUCGAUCUUGACCUGUUCUUGGGUUCAAUGGGAGAUGGACACUUUGCUAAUGUCGAUAUGGAUGGAGUAGAAACAAUGGUUCCAAAGAAAUCUGAAAAGCUUCCAGGACAAAAGAAAAUGAAGCCGGAAUUCCAACAACCAGAAGGUGUUGCCCCAGAAUUCACUGGUGGAUUUAUGGGCUCGGAUGAAGCAGUUUUAGCCGCUGAGCCAUCGACACAAAAAACUGAUGAAAUUGUUGAAUCUGCCGAGUCUGAUUCCUCAUCUGAUACCGACUACUUCGGUGAAGCUUCUGCGUCUGCUCCAGUUUCCAACCCAGCUCUCACCUACCUUUCUGGAGCUAACUUUGACAAUGUUAAACAACCAUCCUGCCAAAUGCUCGGAUGCACUGGACCAAUUCCAAACGACGGAUCAUAUGCUGCCAUGUCAGCUUCUCUUGAAAACAAGGCUUGCAGUCAAAUAUUUGUGCCAAUGAAUGGAUGUACUGAUAAUAAGGGAUAUCCAAUGGGAAUGCUCUGCUCCGUUUGCUGUGAUUGUGCCAACUCUUUUGUACAGGAGAUGAAGAAGACAUUUGGCUACAAGGCCAAUGUCGACACUGCUGUUUUUUCUUCCUAGAUAGUUAGUUUUCCCUCCUUGUUAUGUUGUUGUAUAUAUUAUAGCCUCUCUUUUUAUUCAUUAGGAUUUCUCCUCUCCCCUCUUCUCUCUUUCUCUCUCUCAAAAACUCAAAAAUCAACAAAAAAUCGUUUUAAAACGGGUCACCAGUUUCCUCUCUCAUAAUUCCCACGGUCUCAUGUAUUUAAUUGAUAUUUUGAAUUAAAAAGUAAUUUAAUUAUUACUGUAUAUAAUAAAUAUUUUAAAUCGUAUUA